AUGCCGUCCACGUACAAAGUUCUCUCCAUCAUCUUCCCAGGAUUCAACACUCUGGACCUCAACGGUCCACUUGAUGUUUUCACCAAGUCUGGCACAACGAACUACUUCGAAGUGCAGAUUGCUGCCGAGGACGAGAUCACCACCUCUGUCGAGGGCCUACACCGAGCACUGGUCCUCGAUGAUAUGCUCAUCGCAAGAGCAAGCAAGGACUUUGAUGUCCUGCACAUCGCUGGGGGAGGCUCAACUGAUGUUCAGACACAGGCCAAGAAGCCCAGCAGUGCAUUCAUGAGGCUGAUCAAGGCCUUUGCAGACGCGCCACCACCUCAAGGCGGACGGAGAAUCCUGUUGUCCAUCUGCACAGCAGCAUUCUUCCCCGGUACGCUCGGCGUCUUCGACGGGCGACCCUGCACUACUCACUGGGCCGCCUACGAAGGCCUUGUUGCAACACUAGAUGCUGCUGCUACAGCCGGCAAUGCGACUCCCGGACAGGUCUUGAAAGCCCGCUUCGUCGACUCGGGCAAGAACGCGGAGGGCGUGCAGAUAAUCAGCAGCGGUGGAAUCAGCUGUGGUAUUGAUGCCGCAUUGUAUGUGGUGAAGCUGCUUGUAGGCGUCACCGAAUCGGUCAGGGUCGCCCAGCUGCUCGACUAUGCAUGGCAUCAGACCUCUGGCGUUGUGUUUGGCGACCUUGACGCGCCAAGUACGAUUUGCAUGGCUGGAAUGGCAAGCAAUGGAGAGAAGGCCAAGAAUGGGCAUGGAGAUAAGCAUCACGAUGAUGCUCAGGUUCAGACCUUUUGGAAGACUCUUUAA